GCUGGUCCGGCGGAGAUGUGCAACUGUUGCAUAACGACGUGUGACAGCAAAAGCUCGGCGGAGGCGCGCGCGCCUGCAGUCGGUCGCGAGCGCACGGCCACAGCACACGCCGCUCUCUGCUGUCAGCCGACUACACCGCCUACACCCACUACACCGACUACACUGUCUACUGAGUGUCCCGGGAUGGGGUCGAGGAGCAUCGCGCUGCUGCUGGCGCUCGGUAUUGCUGGUGGCUUCGCUCAAGCACGGUACUAUGGCAAGGACCUGGGUCCGCUCUCACAGCUCCACCACGGAGUGCGGGGCAGGGUGUACGCUGUGGACUCCAAAACUCUGUUUAUUCAAGAUUUCCACUACGAUGGAGAGGGACCUGCUGCAUACUUCUACGUGGGCAAGUCCAAAAGUCCGGACGCCGCGGGGGCAACGCGGCUGCGGGACGAGCGGGGCGGGGCGGGGGCGCUGCGGCGGUACCGCGGGGAGCCCGUCACCAUCUCUCUCUCUGACGGACUCACUCUCAAGGACAUCCGCUGGUUCUCUGUCUGGUGCGACGAAUACGCGGUGAACUUCGGCGACGUGAGCAUCCCCCGCGACCUGGACUACCCUAAGCCGGCGAAGGUUGGAGCGCUGCGCGGCAUCCACGGCGUCUCCUCCGACCAGAUCAUCGUGGUGGAUGCGCAGACACUGCUCAUCACUAAUUUCUCUUACGACGGAGAAGCUCCAGACGCGAAGUUCUGGGUGGGUCGCGGAGACCAGCCCUCACCGCAAGGCAUCCGCAUCCCCGACGAGAACGGCAAGGAAGAUCCGCUCAGGAAAUAUGACAAGAAGACCAUCGUCCUCACUCUCCCUGGGGAUCUGACGGUAUUCGACAUUGGUCACUUCGGCGUGUGGUGUGAGGCCUUCACAGUGGACUUCGGACACAUCACCCUGCCCAGGGCGCAGGUCAGCAACGUGCCGCCCAGCUUGAAGAUGUUGGGGGUCUCACCGCAGUCUAAGUUGAACUGCGAGGUACUAAACGAAGAGUUCGGGUUCGAGGUGCGGUGGGCCAUCGCCGGAGACAGCAUCGUGCUGCAGCUGGUCGCCAAGCUGGACGACGGAGAGUACAUGUCUUUCGGUAUCUCGGGGCAUCCCUCUCGGGUGCAGAUGGUGGGUGGAGACGUGGCCGUGGCCUGGGUAGACAAGGACAGCUUCAUGGGAUACUCUAAGGAUUACUAUCUGGAUGCGAAGAGUCAGUGCGCCGGAGUUCGAGGGACUUGUCCAGACGAGAGGAUUGUUUCGAAGACUAACUCCGUCCGCGUGCUCAACGCAGCCCUGGUGAACGGCUACUCCAUAGUGACGUACCAGCGAAGUCUCCGCGCCGCUGAUGAACUGGAUUUGCCCAUCUUCACUAAUACUAGCCAGCCGGUCAUUUGGGCCAUUGGACCUCUCAAUUCUAGACUUGAAGCGUCUUAUCACCACACCUAUCUCAAGGAGGACAAGUUCAUUGAAUUCGGACGCCCUCCGAUGUGGAAUUGUCCCAUGCCAGAGAGUGAGGAUGAGGGGGUUCCCAGUGUAGCGCCUGUCGCCCCGGGACGCCAGCACACGCACGAACACACACACAAGCACAGAGAGCCAGUCCGACCUGAGAGUACAGCUGUAAUAAAACCUAAUCCGGUGCCGACUCCGAAACCGGUAGCGAAGGUCGUCCCCUGGGAGAUCCCUCCGAUCCAGUGCUACGAGCCUUCGGACGGUGUGUUCUACGCCCAAAUGGGACCCACAGGAGGCAAGCACGGCUACUCAGCUAUCACAGGGCACGUCGGCUGGGGUAUAUCCUGGUACAUCAAUGGUUUGCUGAUCCCGGAAAUUAAUGUGGUGAGAGGCAAGCAGUACACAUUCGUUGUCGAAGGAGGCUCUAACCCUGAGAUACCGGCCAAGUACCAUCCGUUCUACAUCACUAACGAUCCUGUAGGAGGCUACUAUCACAAGUCUGAGGAGGAGAGGAAGGGAAUCCAAAUAUACGCCGGUGCUCGUCGUCUGCGAAGUGGAGAGGUCACACCAACAGGAGUUGGACGUAUUUGCAACUGGACGCCAGAUAGCCAAGGACCAGAAGCUGAUGAAUACCCAAGCUUCGGAGCCUAUCAGCGUUCUCUGACCCUGGUCUGUGAGACAGGCGAUCCGGGAGUGGUCACCUGGACUCCCGACAGGAACACUCCAGACACUGUCUACUACCAGUGCUUCACCCACCGACAUCUCGGGUGGAAGAUUAAUGUGCUAGACGAGUGUGACGUCGAAGAGGCUGAGGAGAGCCGCGUUGUUGAGUCGUUAGCGCUCCCUGAUGACCUGCAGAGUCAGGAAUCUAUACAGGUACAAAGUAGGGUCGCACCUGACGGCAAUAUCUUAGAUCAGCGAAAAAAAUUAGAAAAAAUAAUGCAUACGAAAAUGAAUUAUAACGAUUUCAGUAGUUAUAAAGAUGGCGAGCUCACGGGAGAAGUAUACAGGGAUGAUAGACACCGGUAUAAAAACGGACAAGAGUAUGAAUUGCCGAUCAGCAACAAUCAAAUCAAAGAGGUUAUACAAACAGUACAGAGCCUCGAGAGUAAAAUGAAGGAUGAGAUCAAAAAGAACGUGACGCACCCGCAGCAAGUGCACCAGUACCAGGUACACGAGAACGUCAAGGAGAUGUUCAUGCCCGAGCUACCUAUAAGAGAGGAAGAUGAAUAUUUCGUUGAGGCUGGGAAAUCCCCUCAAAACUAUUUACUUCCGCCAAACCAAAAACCGCUUACUUUACAAAGUGUCUUAAGACCAACAGGACUUAAUAGAGUAGUUGGAAACAUGAGACCACAUUUUAGAAGGCCAGCUCCUCCGGAAAUCAAAUUACGUCGACCGCCUCCUAUGCAUCACAAAGUCAAUCCUUAUCCAUUACCAAUGCCAAAUCCUCACAAUUCACAUGGAAUGAAGAAGCCAAGUCCAUCUGCACAGCCAAACCAUAAGCAGCCGAAUAAUAGGCCUAUGCCGUUAAAUCGACCUCUGCUCCCCAAUGUCCCGCCGAUGAAGACAUUUUCACCACCUCAUAUUAAUAAACCUACGUUCGGUCAGAUACACCAGCAUCUGCUCAAGAAUGACCCUAAUCCGACGCAGCAGACUCCUUUAUCUACUAUUACGGCUAACAAUAAACACGGUCCAAAUAAUAUGCACUUGCCAGUGCAGACUUUGAGUGUAGGGCAAAGUGAUAUUAUUGUUAACCAAGUGGUCAAAAGUCAAAUCACUCUACCCGGCAGUAAUGACGCGAUUGCUCAACAUAGCAUACCACAACCGUAUCAUAAAUCCGGUCAAAUAAUUUUGGGGAAGCCUAUGGAACACCCUGUUCCUUUAGACCAACAAAUGAUUCAAACCAAACCACACGUCACAAGGACACCUCCAACACCACAGCCCCAGUUCUUCCAAACUUCUAAUCCUCGCGUCAAACUAGAAAAUGAAUUGCUUUCACAAAACGUUAUGAAGUCUUCGGAUUUUAUUGGAGAAUCUGUUGACUCUUCUACUCUACCUCCGGCAAUGAAUACUGGAUUCAAACCUGAUUCUAUUGUUGUUGAAAGUGGAUUCAAACCAAUAAUUCGAGAACCGUUAAUGGCGGGCGAAGAUAGAAUAGCAGAAUAUGAUGGUAAUUCAAACAGAAGGGAAGACACAAAUGUCGAAGAAGAUUAUGAAGAAUCGCCACAGCCCAUUGCAAAUCAUAAAGUACCUAGUGAAAAAAUGACUGAAACAUUCGAGCCAAUGUUCAUUCCUUCACCUCCAGACCAUCUCCUCCCCACUAACGAUCGGACCAAAGAAGUGUUUCCGAAAAACCACGCUAAAGAAGAUAGACCUCAUCCUGUCUACGUCAAAAAAGAAAGUGAACUGAAUGCACUGUUCGGUAAGAAGAAUAUGGCAAAAGAUGUACCCACAGAUAUGGUUAUGGAAUCGAAUCGAGUGAGCCCGCACUAUUUACCACCAGAUCCAAAAUUACCAAAAGAGCACUCCCAAAAAUUAUCAAUGAACGAACAGACAUUUACUACGUAUGAUGGUAAGACAGUUUCCGCAGAUACUUUAACUAGUGUUCCAAAUCUCAAUAAAACAACAACAAAAUUCUCGGCUAAGUUGCCUGCAAAUAGUGAACUACUUUUAAAAACCCCACAAUUCGGUCCAUUCAAAGGAGAAAUCCCACCACCAGUUGCUGCAGAUAUCAUCAAAAGCUCAAGUUCAAAUUUUAAAAGUGGUUCAUCAGAUGAUGUUAAAACAACUCACUUAAAACUUGUCAAUCUACAUAAACCUGAGAAAUCCGACGUCGAAGACUUAGUAGCACAUGGGAGUGAGAAACACGAAGUUACAGAGGAUGGAGAAGAGUUUGAAGAAGAAGAAGAAUACGAAGACGAAGAGGACGAGAAGAGAAGCAAACGAGAUACAAAGGCGACUCACUUCGAGAAAGGUGAAGCUGUGGAACAAAAGCCAACGAACGGUCACAGUUUACCUAUGAACCAAAUAGACUAUGAGAGUGUUCCUUCAUCGGGGUACAAAAUGAGACUGCAAUGUAUCAGUAUACUCGUAGUAUUAAUAGCGACGCGGAUUAUACGCUUUUAGAUUGUUACUUAAUAAACUAUUUAUUCACUUAAAUUAAGCCUUGCCAUUACAUGCAUUUGAACUUCUGACUGAGGGUUUUGGCUGUGGGACGCGAUUCAAGCGACUUUAUAUUUUCUAGCACCGCGUUAUUAAGUGGCUUUCUUAUAUUAAAUGAAAAUUAAAGCAAACUCGUUACCACUAUAGCACGCACCGUGCAAUUCAAUACUCUGUUAGUUUUUAAUUUUAUUUUGUUGUAAAUAUUUUUAGAUUUAAAUAAACAUAGUUUUAUUUCAUUGGUAUA